AUGGAAGAAGAUUAAAAAGAAAAUACAACUCAAUAAGAGGAAUUUUAAGCUGUAAAAACAAUAUUAAUCCUACUUUUUUCAGAGUUUUAGCCAAUUCACUAUGGUCAUCUUAAAAUGAUGGAAUUAGCAAGAUAAUAUUUAGAAGAAAAGUAUAAAGAUCAAUAAAUAAAUAUAAAAGGUAUACUGAUUCCAUACAGCAAAAAUUAACUUUACUUUUAGUAUUUGGAAGAAGAUGUUAGAUUAAGAAUGAUAUCAAUAGCAAUUUAGUCUUCUGAAUGGAUAACUUUAAAUGACUCUUUAGUUGAAAAAAAGGCAAAAAACCAAAAGGAAUUAAUAUCGCAUAUAACUUCAAAAACAAAAGAAUCUGAAUAAGUUUAAGUUUAUCAAGUUAUGAGUCUGGAUAAAUACUAACAUAUCUAAAAGAAUAUUGAAGCUUUUACAGAUUAAAAUAUCAUAUUUGUGGAAUACAGAUUUACUUAUGAGGAAGAUUAAUCUGAAGAAAUCAAAGCUUUAAUAAAAUCAAUUCCUAGAUUUCAUUUUAUAAAAGACAAUUCUUUUGAUUUUGAUAUUCACUCUUAAGUCAUUAGAGACACUUAUGAAGGUGGCUUCGAUAUAUCUCUUUAUGUUUGCCCAAAUGUAGUUAAAUUUCAUAAAUCUUAAAAUGUUAAAUACAAGAAAAACUAAUCAAAAGAGAGUGGGUCUACAAAAUAGUCAAAUAUUAAAAAAUAACCUAAUAAAUAAAAAGGAAUGACUAAAGAUUAGAAAAAUAAAUAAAAUGAAAAGAAAGAUACAUAGGAAUAAACUUAGAAAUAGUAAUUAAAACCACAGAUCAAACCUAUAAAUUUAAAAAAAUUUAUUGAUUUUGAUUUCAAUUCGAUUGAUUAUAAAAAACUAAGUGGCUUCAAUGAUAUCUCCAUUAUUUCUAAAGUUGAAAAAAUUCCAGAGCAAACCAAAGAUGAAAAUAAUAAUAAUGAUGCUGAUGAUCAAGAUGAAAUUCAAGAAGAAAAUAAAUAAUAGGCAUCCUAAAAGAACAAAGAUUUUCUUGGGAGUGGAUUGCAGGCUAGAGUCAUAAGUAUGAAAUAUCAAAUCGAAGAACUAAAAGAGAUAGAAGUUGCAGUUAAAAUGGUAAAAUUUGAAAAUUAAAUAUCGAGAAGACAAGCCACCUUCUAUAGAGAUCUUAGAGGGGUAUGGAGAUGUAAUGGACAUCCUAAUAUUGUUUAAGCUUAUGGAGCUGGUAAUUAUAAAGAAAUAGGAUAUAUAGUCCUGGAGAGGUGUGCCAAAUAGAGAUUUAAAAAUUGGCUCUCUUUAUAAUCAGCUUAAAGGUUAUUUGUAGAUUUUAAUUUUAUGCAGCUAAUUACAAAUCUUUCAAGUGGUUGUGAGUACAUGUCUAAAAUGGGAAUUUUACAUAGAGAUUUACAGAUCAAUAAUAUCCUAAUUAAAUUGAAAGGAGAUGAUUAAGAUAAAGAAAAUUUUGAAGUAGAAGAGAUUGAGCAUCUUAAAAUAAGCGAUUUUGGGGUGAGCGCUAUUGAGGAAGAUAAAUAGAACAUAGUGAAAGGUAGCACUAGACAUUAUUCUCCAGAGAGCAUUGAAGAUAAAGCUAAUUACACUGAGAAAGCUGAUGUAUUUUCAUUCGGCGCCUUGCUCUAUGAAAUAUUCUAUAAACAUUGGGUAUUUUCAGAUUGUACUGUCUCUGAAAGUUGUAUAAAAACAAAAUCUGGAGAGCUCUCUCGUUUUGAUGAUACUAUACCAUCUUAAAUCAAAGAAAUCAUUCAACUUACAUGGAAAUUUGAUCCAAAAGAAAGAAUAACAUUCUCUAGUCUAACCUAAAUUCUCUAACAGUAUACAAAUAGUCUAAAUUAAUAAAAAACAAAUUGA